AACUGAACUAGCUCAAUUUCUCUUCAAUUGUCCGAUUUUCUCAAUGUUACCUGCUCAACCGAACCAUUUUUGGGAAAAAAUUAGACUUAGGGUUGAAGUUUAGGCCGUUUUGCAUGGUUAUCUUGUCAGUGAAACAUUGCAAUUAUGUUGUCAAGGCUCCAUCCUCACAAGCCCAUCAAAAUGGAGAUAGUGGCAUUGGCCGUUGGAGCUGUGAAAAACGUGCAUAGGUCCACAAAUAGAGAGAUGAGUACGAAACAGCUUCAGUUCCCCGUACAGAUGGAUGUCCAGGUCCUGAGUAGGAAGUUUUUGAGAGCUGCAGGCCCGCCGUGUUGGCAGCCGUGCCGGCUGCAGAUGAGAAAGGCUGAGGACAGGGGGAGGAGGGAGGUGGUGGAGAGCAGAGAUGGGGGGACAGGUGGACAGCUGACCGUCGGACAGAGAGUUGUGAAGGCAGGGAAAGACGUGACAUACCUCGGUAUUGUGAUAUUUGGAGUUGGGGUGAUGGGGCUGCUGUUCUACGCCAUUGGUCGAGAACUGUUCUCGGGCGGAAGUAUCAACGGCAUUUAUACUGAUGCUAUGAAAAGGUGCAAAGAGAAUGAAGAGGUGAAGGUUGCCUUAGGUACACCUAUUGCUGGUUUCGGAGAGGAAACUAGGAGAGGAAGGCGUAGACAUCCAGCUUACACAGAAUACACGGAUGAGACAGGGAAGAAGCACCUGCGGAUGAAGUUUUACCUGAAGGGAGGGAGUGGCAGACGGGCCACUGUACACCUGGAAGUCACAGAGAAUGACGGAGGGAAGUAUGACAGUUUCCGGUACCUAUUUGUGCAGCUAGAUGCCUACCCACACAGGACCAUGAUUAUAGAGGACAACAGAUGAUGUUUUUUUCUACAACAUUUAGAUGGUGUUGCCAAUGCUGGAAAUAGUUUUGUUACUUAGUUGUCAAUAGCAGACCUAGAGCUGCUUUGGGACAAAUUUUGUGCAUAAACCAUUUCUGCCUCUCAACCAUUCAACCCAAAACAGUACCCACUCGUGUACUGGUGGAUUUCACAUUUUCAGCCUGUAUUGAUGACAUGCCUUUUACAGCAUAUUCAAGAUUUUUCACAACCAAUUGAAAUUGAUAUACUCAUUGCAGCAUGGCUGCUA